CAUCAGCAGCGGGAGUAAAAAACACAAAGAGAAGUGGAAAACAAAACAAGGGACACAGAGGAGGACUCCCACCAAAUCUGUCCCUCCAAUCUGCUGCUGGAGACAUUAUCUAUUUAGGUCAGCCAGCUUUAGGAGGGAUCUUUUUUUUAUUUUGAAGGGGUGUGAGUGCCAGAUUGUGUGUGUGGGUGUUCGUGUGUGUGUGUGUGUAUUUCCCCUUUUUCGAGUAGGUGCCUGCCCUGGGCACUGAGGCCAUGAGGCCAAAGACUUUCCCGGCCGCCCCGUACGUGGGCAACACACGGCAGAGGCUCCAGGAGAUCAAGGAGGGUCUCAAGCAGCCGGCCAAGCUGGUGAGCCAGGCCCUGCACGGAGGCAGCUCCCGAUCCGAGGGCAGCAGAGGGGCCGACUGCAAGGGCGGGAAAGACACGGCCAGCAGGCAGCAGCAGCUCCGGCCCCCGCAGAAGUUCAACAACUAUCAGAAUGCCCUGCGAGAGAUCCGAAAGUCGCUCAUGCCCUUCGCCAACGAGUCGGGACCGUCCUCGGGGUCGGGACACCCAGCCGGCGCCGGAGAGGUUAACAGACAGAUGCUGCAGGAGCUGGUCAACGCCGGCUGUGAUCAGGAGAUGGCUGUGCGUGCGCUGAAGCAGACAGGAAGCAGGAACAUCGAGGCGGCCUUGGAGUACAUCAGUAAAAUGGGUUACCUCGACCCUCGCAACGAGCUCAUCGUCCGUGUCAUCAAACAGACUUCACCAGGAAAAGCUGGCAUGCCAAACUCAAUGGACCACCGGCCUGCGCUGGAGGCUUCAGGGGAAGCAGGUGUCAUGCCCCCGUACCACCAAAUGGGGGCCCCUCUGUAUGAGGGCGUUGGCUACGGCCCAGAGGGUGAAAUGGCCAGAUCCUACAUGAGUGCUCCUCCUGUUAUGAACUACAUGAUGGCCCCGUCUGGAGCAUCACAGGGCCCUGCCAUGGGAAACCCAAUGAGUCGACCUCCCAGUAUGGGCACAUAUCCACAGGUGAUGGCCAACCAGAGCAACCCAGCCAACACCAUGUACCCUCCAGGGGCCCAGCAGAAGGGCUAUCCUGGCAGUAUGGAGCAGCACGGGCCCAUGAUGAGCUACAACGUCCCCGGCCAGCCAUUGCAGCUCCAGCAACAGCCACAAGGGGGUCCUGUGCCUGGCCCCCAUUAUGACUAUGGCCAUGCCAGGCCUCACAUGAUGGAGCCUUCAGGCUACGGGGUCAAGAGAACCGCCUCCUUCCAGAACAAGAUGGCACCGCCCCCCAUGGCGCCCCAAGACAACUAUGUCAACAUGCAGGGUAAAGGGCCCAUGGGCCAGAACGGGCCAGGAGGGGCAGGAUAUCCUGCCAACCUGUACCUGCCCCCUCACUCCCACCCACGCCAGGCCAGCCCCACCUCCCACCAGGUCCACAUGAUAUCCCGUUCUCCAGGUGGGGUCACAAACAUGGGCCCAGACUUCUCUGAUCUUCCCCAGGGCUUGAUGACACCAUCUAGGGCCAGCCUCAACCUGGACCUGUAUGAGCACCACUGGGCAGGGCCUGCAGGCCCUGAAGGAGCCCCUCCAGCCAGGCAACCCCAACCCCAGGGCCCAUUUAGGGGUGAGGUGCGUGUCCCCAGCAGAACCAACUCCUUCAACAGUCGCUCUGCAGGGCCUGGCGGUGUUCGGCCUACGUUGGCAGCACCCCCUACGUCCGGGAAACAGGAUCCCUCCCUGGGCCCUCCAAACACCAUCACAGCUGUGACGUCCCCGCCCAUCCAACAGCCGGUCAAGAGUAUCCGUGUGAUGAGGCCAGAGCCCAAGACGGCUGUGGGGCCAUGCCACCCCGGCUGGAUGACCGCCCAGGGCCCGGACACAGCGGAACCUCUGGCCUAUAUGCCAGAGGAGACCUACACCCUUGAGCCUGCUCAGGACCUACGCUGCCCGCCACCACCUUACCCCAAAAAUCUGUUCAUGUCCGGGGCGCCUGGAGACACAGGGGCCCUGGAGGGAGCUGGGGCCAUGUGCGGAGGUCAGGACCACAGCAGCUCUGCCUCCAGAAGCACACGCAGCGGCAGCGGAGGCAGCGGAAAGGGCGAGGAGAACCAUCAAGUCAAAGAAAAGACCAAGAUGGGGAAAGGAGAGAAAACGGUGAAGGACAAGAAGCAGAUCCAGACGUCGCCUGUCCCCGUGAGAAAGAACGGACGCGACGAGGAGAAGAGGGAAUCCCGCAUCAAGACCUACUCGCCUUUCGCUUUCAAAUUCUACAUGGAGCAGCACAUAGAGAACGUGAUGAAGACCCACCAGCAGAAACUGAACCGCAGGUUUCAGCUGGAACAAGAGAUGUCCAAGGCGGGUCUGUCGGAAGCAGAGCAGGAACAGAUGAGGAAGAUGCUGAACCAGAAAGAAUCGAACUACAACAGGCUACGCCGUGCCAAAAUGGACAAGUCCAUGUUUGUCAAAAUCAAGACACUAGGCAUAGGAGCCUUUGGUGAGGUGUGCUUGACACGUAAGGUGGACACUGGUGCUCUUUAUGCCAUGAAAACACUACGCAAGAAAGACGUCCUCAACCGCAACCAGGUGGCCCACGUGAAAGCAGAGCGUGACAUCCUGGCAGAGGCAGACAACGAGUGGGUGGUGCGUCUCUACUACUCCUUCCAGGACCGAGACAGCCUCUACUUCGUCAUGGACUACAUCCCAGGAGGAGACAUGAUGAGCCUCCUCAUCCGAAUGGGCGUCUUCCCUGAACCUCUGGCACGCUUCUACGUGGCGGAGCUGACGCUGGCCAUUGAGAGCGUCCACAAGAUGGGCUUCAUCCACCGCGACAUCAAGCCCGACAACAUCCUCAUCGACCUGGACGGACACAUCAAGCUGACGGACUUCGGCCUGUGCACGGGUUUCCGCUGGACACACAACUCCAAGUAUUACCAGAAAGGGAGUCACAUCAGACAGGACAGCAUGGAGCCCAGUGACUUCUGGGAUGACGUGUCUAACUGUCGCUGCGGCGACCGGCUGAUGACGCUAGAGUCGCACGCCAACCGGCAGCACCAGCGCUGCCUGGCUCACUCUCUGGUGGGAACACCCAACUACAUCGCACCUGAGGUGCUGCUCCGCAAAGGUUACACCCAGCUGUGCGACUGGUGGAGCGUGGGAGUGAUCCUGUUUGAAAUGCUGGUGGGACAGCCACCCUUCCUGGCCCCCACUCCCACCGAGACCCAGAUUAAGGUCAUUAACUGGGAGAGCACACUACAGGUGCCUGUGCAGGUCAAACUGAGCCCCGAGGCCGUGGACAUCAUCGCCCGCCUCUGCUGUUCUGCGGAGGACCGUCUGGGAGCCAACGGCGCUGGUGAGAUCAAAGCCCACCCCUUCUUCACCCAGAUGGACUUCUCCAGCAACCUGCGGCAGCAACCGGCCCCCUACCGACCUAAAAUCGCCCACCCCAUGGACACGUCCAACUUCGACCCCGUGGAGGAGGAGGGCGGCCCCGGGGCGUGGAGCGACAGCGGGGACAGCACCCGGGCCCUGGACGCGCUCUGCUCCCCCCACGGGAAGCACCCGGAGCACGCCUUCUACGAGUUCACCUUCCGCCGGUUCUUCGACGACCACGGGUGUCCCUUCCGCUACCCGAAACCUAUGGAGGCCAGCGAGGGGCCUCCCAGCGUCUCCGGAGCCAGCUGCACGGGCCCGGACGAGGAGGACGAACAGGAAGAGGAGGAGGAAGAGGAGGAAGAUGACGAAGAGGAGGGAGAGCAAGGGGAGGGGUGCGAGCCGGUCUACGUCUAGAGAUGCAGACCGUCAAAACCGAUCCUUGUCAGCUCACGACUCUUCUUCUUCUGUUUGUGUGUGUGUGUGUAGAGGUGUGCGUGACACACAGGUGCGUGUGUGUGUGUGUGUGUGUGUUUACGCAGCAUCUGGCGUGUGCGUGAUAUCACAGAGCGUGAUAGUUAAGUUUGCAGGAGCAGGACAGAUAAACGUCGCCCCCUUGUGGAAUCUACUGUGCGUCCACAAUGACUUCAAACACUAGUCUCCCCCUCACCUGGGACCAAGAAACAACACUUGUGUGCGUGAGCGGCUGCAUCGAGGGUGAAACGGACACGGUUAGGAGGUUAGGAGGUUAGGAGGAGCGAGACUUUAAAAAAAACUAAAAACUGCACAGGCUGAAAGGAGAUUGUUAAAAUCUUUCGGGAACGUGAGGACGUUUGGAUCACAGAGGAAGUUCGAACAAAGAUUUUUUUUUUUUGAGACUCGAGGACUGCCUCUGGUUCCUCCCAAAGCGGUUUCUUCUUCGUAUCCCAUUCCUUCCACCCUCGGUCUUACAGGAGACUGACGCAGGAGCUGCUUUACACUGCGAUAUGGGAGCGUAUCUGUGAGCGCAGGAGACAGAGACUGAAUCAGCAACACGCCUCUUUCACAGCUGCUGCAAAAUAAGCUACAAAAAAAAAGAAAAAAGAAACACACACACACAUGCAUGCACAUGCACACAUUCACACACAUUUACUCAGUAACGGCUCAUGGGGUUAUAAGAAAGGUGUGGGUAUCUGCAGGUAGAUUUCAGUGAUGUUUUUGGGCUCAAAGGUUUAGAAACAGCUGUUAAGUGUCCCUGAAAGCAUUCCUUUUUAAAAUAUGUUCAUUUCUAUAUAUUUUCAAUCUUCUGCAUUUUCAGCAGAUUAAAGUUCAAAAAAUUGGAAUGGACACAACAAAAUAUUUUCUAUUGGUUUAUCUUCUACACUCACAGCAGCCUCCUUUUAUUUAGAUUUUGUGCCAUAAUGUUUUAAAUCUUCACUCAAGAGGCUGCUGCUACAAA